ACUCUCCCCAGUUUCCCCAGUAUUUACAGAAUUCAGAAAAUGUUGACGUUUGAUUUUUAGUCGAGAAAAAUCAUUAUUUUGUCGUAUUUUUUUCCCGCUCUAAAGAAUGUGAGAGCUCUUUGUGAGUUCCUUGAAGUAUAGAGAACUUAGGUUUUGAUUUUUGUUCAAAAUGAGUUCAAAUUACGCGAGAAAAAUGGCGCUUUUGCAGGCAAGGAUUUUUGGCAAGUUGACUCGACCGGUCACUAAACAGUAAGUGAAAUCUUUUGAAUUAUUGUUCGUCAGAAGGCCAUUAGGUGAGGUCAUCAAUUCCUACUAUCCACCRUUAAAGAUGUUCAACUCUCUACUGUUAAGGCUGCGUCAUCUUGGAUUCUAUCGUGAUGAUCAUUUGGACUACAGAGAAGAAAUGGCUGUUAGGAGGAAGGAAAGAGGAAAAGGACCACCCAAAAAAGGUGAAGGAAAACGGUCCAAGAAAAAGAAAUAAGUACAUCUACGCACACAUACAUACCUAGAUGUUGAAACACAACACAACUACAAGGCACGUAAAAUUACUCUUAAUCGAUAGGUUAACCUCAAUUUUUGUCGUUGUUCUUUUUUUGCUAGGAAAUCGUAGGCACAUUAAAAAAUUCUUGGUUUUCACCUACGUCAUCAAAAAUUUUGCAAGGAYUUAUAUAAAACAAAACUUACACAGGCCGAAAGAGUAGCGAAAACUACAUAUCUCAGCCUAAUGUCUAGCUAAAAGAAGUUUUAGAUACGAAGAUACGAGCGAUUGAUUAUGACUAUAAUUUAGUUGAAAUGUAUGGGUCCGCCAUCUUGGCAUCUCAUUGAAGGACACCAAUUGAUGGUUUUCACGGCGGCCAUGUUGGAGGAACUUAACAAAAGAAUUAUCAAUGAAUUAAUUUGUU